GUGUGGAAGAUUCAGAGCGGGCAGUGCCUCAGGCGAUUUGAGCGCGCGCACAGCAAGGGUGUCACCUGUCUGAGUUUUUCAAAGGACAGCAGUCAGAUCCUCAGCGCCUCUUUCGACCAGACGAUCAGGAUCCACGGCUUGAAAUCCGGGAAGACUCUCAAGGAGUUCCGUGGUCAUUCUUCUUUCGUCAACGAAGCGACUUUCACCCAGGACGGUCAUUACAUUAUCAGCGCGUCUUCUGACGGCACCGUCAAGGUCUGGAAUAUGAAGACGACAGAAUGCUGCAACACCUUCAAAUCGCUCGGCAGCACCGCUGGGACAGACAUCACCGUGAACGGCGUGAUUCUGCUGCCUAAAAACCCAGAGCACUUUGUCGUAUGCAACCGAUCCAAUACCGUGGUCAUUAUGAACAUGCAGGGACAAGUACGUUGGAUCUACUGCGUGGGUGAAGACUUUGUGCUGUAUUGUUUCAGCACAGUGACCGGCAAGCUGGAGAGAACUCUAACCGUUCAUGAAAAGGAUGUGAUUGGCAUCGCACACCAUCCCCACCAGAACUUGAUUGGAACCUAUAGUGAAGAUGGGCUCCUGAAGCUCUGGAAACCAUAGGACUGAUUUUUCAUUCCCUUCGGUGUACAGGGAGGGUGUACAUUAUAGUGGUUUCGUUUUGUUGUUGUUUUUCUUAUGAGGUCCAGAAGCGUCACUUUUAAACUCCGACAGAAUUUCAUGUUCAGCUGUCCUAAGAGAAACGUAUGCAUACUACUUUUAUGCUAAGGGUAAGGUUUGUUAGCCGUGCUGGCUAAUUGUGUGCCUGCACAGCAAAGGCAAUUUAAUUUUUUUAAAAAGCAAUUGCUUCCCAUAAGAUUUCCAUUCCACUGCAUAUAAAGUCGAUGGGAAAUGAACAGUUGAGUCUUGAAACAUUUUAGUUUUUGUGCACUGAAUGUGAAACGGAAAAAUCCUCUUGGCAGAGGCAAAAUUACGGAAAACAAAACCAUGGAGCUUUUACAGUCUGAAAAUGAGGGCUGGGUUAAGAGUUCUGCCUCUUAAUGCUUUGUGUGGGUACGCUGGUGUUUGCAAUAGGCAUGAACCAGCCAAAGUGAAGAACUUAAAAACCCCACUGAUUUUUUUAUCGGGAGAGUACUAUAUGAACUUAAAUUUCCCUUUCUGAAACCAUUUAACUUUAGCCUGGGAUGGGACACUUAGUAAAUCUUCCUGGCUUCAAAAAAAA